CUUCAGAGUUCACGGUGUUCUUUCUUACGAACAAGAAGUCUUUUUAAAUCGCUUAUUGAGUUCGCCUGAACAACAACUGACUUCCUGUCUGCUCUGUCCUGACUUCCUGUUGUUGGCAGUGGGAUCUGGUGUGUUCUCGGUACUGGCUGGUUCCAGUCGAGGAGGUGUGCUUCAUUCUGGGGACGCUGACGGGCUGUCUGGGUUUGGGCUACAUGGCUGACCGGCUGGGCAGGCUCAAGUCUCUGCUGGCGUCUCUGAUGCUGGCGGUGGUUUUCGGGGUGCUGGUGUGCGUGUCGCCCUCACCGCCCGUCUUCAUCACCAUGCGCUUCUGUCUGGCCGCGGCGAGCGCCGGCGUCUACCUCACGCUGUACGUCACACGUAAGUCAAACGCACACGGAACACGCGUGACGAACAGCAGCACAGAGUGUCGAGAUGAUGUUUCGCUGCAAAAAAGACCUUGUUUACAGUAGAAACAUUCUUAAAUCAACAAAUAUCUGCUUCAGAGA